UUUGUUAUUUCAAAUAUAUUAAAAAAUGGUUGAUACUAAGACUGCCAAGCCUGCUACUGACGCCAAGAAGGUUGCCGAGACUGUUGUCCUCGAUGUUUCUGACAGCAAUGUCCAAACCAAGUACAAGGAUGCCGGAAAGAUCGCCGAUGCUGUCCUCGACCAAGUCAUCAAGCUUUGUGUUGUUGAUGCCAAGAUUGUUGACAUCUGUAUGGCUGGUGAUAAGCUUCUCAAGGAAGCCACUGCUGCCAUCUACAACAAGAAGGGAAAGAACAAGGUUACCAAGGGUAUUGGAUUCCCUACUACUGUCUCUGUCAACAACUGUGUUGCUCAUUUCUCCCCUCUUCCUUCUGACCCCGAGGCUGCUAUCACCUUAAAGGAAGGUGAUGUUGCCAAGAUUCAAUUGGGUGCUCAAUUCGAUGGUUACUGUUCCACCGUUGCCACCACCAUUGUUGUUGGUGCUAAGGCUCCCGUUACCGGUGCCAAGGCUGACGUUAUCAAGGCUGCCGAAACCGCCUUGGAAGCUGCCAUCCGUUUGAUCCGUCCCGGAAACAAGAACAUGGAAGUCACCAAGACUGUUGACAAGAUUGCCGAAGCCUACGGUGUCAAGGCCGUUGAAGGUAUGUUGUCUCACAACCAACUCAAGGAUAAGACUGAUGGUGAGAAGCAAAUCAUUUUGAACCCCUCCGACAACCAUCUCCGUGAUUUCAAGCGUAUUGAAUUUGCCGAAAACGAAGUGUAUGCUAUUGAUAUUCUCAUCUCUACUGGUGAAGGUAAGGUUCGUCCCUUGAAGACCCGUACCACCAUCUACAAGAACACUGGUAUCCGUUAUCAACUCAAGAUGGCUGCUUCUCGUGCUGUUUUGAGCGAGAUUCAACAAAAGGCUGGUGCCUUCCCUUUCACUUUGCGCGAUCUUGAGGAUGAGCGUAAGGCUCGUAUGGGUAUUGUUGAGGCUGCCAAGCAUCAAACUGUUUUGCCUUAUGAUGUCAUGUAUGAACGUGAUGAAGCUGUUGUUGCCCAAUAUUUGUCUACCGUCAUGGUUACCAAGAACGGUAACACCUUGCUCACCAACCCUCGUUUCGAUGCCGUUGAGGUCAAGUCUGAGAAGUCUGUCAAGGAUGAAGAAAUCCUCAAGCUCCUUGCUACUUCUUACACUGCUCCCAAGAAGGAGAAGAAGGAGAAGAAGUAAAGAAGACCAAAAAAGACAAGAAAAAUGAAUAUAUAUAAAUAAAAACUGUACAUGUGUUUAUUCU